UUUGGGGGAGUGGGUAUCAAACGAAGAGGAGCAUUUGAAGUGAGUGAGUCGCUCUAACUAAAACCCUAACGAACCCUGCGGAGGAAAACGUCGUAAUUUCCGCCAUGGCCAUUCUUCUCCGUCUCCGAGGCAGGACCAGGACCAGAACCAGAACCAGAACCGAACCUUCUCCGACCCUCUUCUUCUCCACAAAUUCCAACUCCGGUUCAAACUCUAACUCUCCUUUCUCUUCCCUCUUCAAAGACAUCAAGGCCGGUCUCAAAAACCCCCAAACCUCAAACCCUAAUUUCUCCCUCCGCGCUCCCCACGCCGCCUCCACCCACGAGAUCCAAAAGAAUCUCGCCGAGUUCCGCUCCCGCACCGCCGCGCCUCCGCCCUCCGGCACGCCGCCGCCGCAGGUCUCGUUCCAGGAGCUCUACAAUGACCGCCUCCAAAACCCCUCCAAAUCGCGACCCGCCAACAUGGACGGCAUUUUCCAGAGCCUGAAGAGCAUCAAGGCCAAAACCCCCACCACGCCGCGCCUCAUCGGCGGCACGGCGGCGCUGCCGGAGUCCGUCUUCGGGAGGGAGAUGAGGAGAGAUUCCUCGGCGACGACGACGGCGACGACGGCAACGGCGUUCUUGAAGACCUACGGCGUGGAGGAUUUGGGGAAGAAAUUGAGGAUGCUGAGGCCUGAGGGAAAGGGCAAGGAUUGGUUUUCCGUUAGGGAAUUGAGUGAGAGGUUGGUGAGGUUGAGGAAGAUGGAGGAGGAACAAACGCGUUCCACUACUCGAGAUGUUGUGGGUGAUUCGGGUAUAUAUGAUGCGUUGCGAGGGUGUCUUACUGACAUGGAUCAAGACAAAGUUGACAACAAUAAGAAAGCUUCACUGCAGGGACUUAGUAUAUUGAGCCACUUUGGUGGGACUCCAAUAUACUCUCUUGAGCCCCCUAAACCCCAUCUUGUUGAAAAGUAUUUUCAUCCAGAUAAUAUGUCCUCUGCUGAGAAGUUGAAAAUUGAGCUUGCCAAGGUUAGAGAUGAGUUUAAAAUGUCGGAGUCGGAUUGUGGCUCUGCUCGUGUUCAGAUUGCAACACUCACAACUAAGAUUAAGCAUUUAUCUGCCGUUCUACACAAGAAGGAUGUUCAUUCUCGUAAAGGUCUUAUAGCAAUGGUUCAGAGGAGAAAAAGAUUACUGAAAUACCUGAGAAGAACUGAUUGGGAUUCGUAUUGUUUUGUUAUCUCCAAGCUGGGUCUACGUGAUAAUCCUGAUCAUACUUAUAGAGCAAGAUCUGGUACGGCGGCAUAGGGUCCCAUAUUUUGGUGUAAACAAAUCGGAAAAAGAAAAUGAGCUGCUUCAUUCAAAGCUUGCUGCGUUCUGCAGAUUUUAAAAUCCUAUCUGCAGAAGAAAUACCGGUUUUAACAGCCAAGAUCCGCAUAUCAACUUCUCAAGAAAUGCGAUAUUCUAUUUUUCUUUUUCUGUACGAGUAGAUAUUUCGGUCAGCCCAUUUUAAUUAUUUUUUUUACCAGGCCUCGGGUUGAAUUAUGGCAAAUGUUUUAAUUCCCCAUACAUUGUUUCUUUUAUGUUUCUGCUUGUCUUGAAUAAUAUAUCAAGGAUCAUACCUCGAAAAACCUGAAUCUAAAGCAGAGAUAUCUUGAGAAUAA